AUGGAAGGCUUGUAUGAUCACUACAAGAAACUGGUUGAUCGCCACACGAGGAGCAAGCGUCUACAUGACCAGCAUUUUGCUAAACAUAAAAAAGACCAAGACCCCGAGACGAACAUUCACCGUGCAAAACUAGCUAUUUCUUGGGCUAAAGAUGCAUAUGAGGCAGGUAAAGCUCGAUUAGAGUUCAUGCAAAAAUUUGAAACUGCUUAUGGUGAUGUGAUUUCUAUUGGGACUCAUAUCGAGGCGGCACAGCAUGCACUCAACAGUGCUAAGAAUGGCGUGAAGGAAAUUAGAACUAAUAACGACAGUGAGUAA